ACUAUCAAGAAACGUAUGCUCCAGUAGUCCGAAUAACAACAGUGAGGACCCUACUGGCAGUAGCAGUGCAGAAGAAGUUCUAUCUUCAUCAGAUGGAUGUGCGGACCGCCUUUCUGAACGGAAAUCUUUCAGAAACAGUAUACAUGCUACAACCACCAGGAUUUGAGAGGGGGAAGAAGUUUUGGCAUCCACUCUUUGGAGGAAAUUCGGUUGGUAAAGGAACAAUUGAAAAGGAAAUUCGAAAUGGACGAUAUGCAAGAAAUAAGCAACUUCCUUGGAAUGAAAAUUGAUUACGACAUGGCUCGAGGUACGUUAAAAAUUAAUCAAUCAAAGUACGUGAAGGACUUGUUAAAAAGAUUUGGUAUGGAAGAUUGCAAACCAUCGUUAGUACCCCUAGAAACCAAUUUGAAGUUAACACGCAACCAUAACAUGGAGGGAACAACACAGCAUCCGUACUGUAAACUUGUAGGAUGUUUAACCUAUUUGAUGAUUACGUCUCGUCCAGACAUUAGUAUUGCAGUUAAUUAUCUUAGUCACUUUCAGAGUGGUGCAACAGAUGAACACUGGACACAUCUAAAACGUGUACUAAGGUAUUUACAAGGCACAAAGGAUUAUUUCCUAGAAUAUCGACUUAAUCAAGAGGAGCCAAUUGUAGGAUUUGCUGAUGCAGAUUGGGGUAGCGACAUGGAAAGUCGUCAUUCCACAAGUGGCUACAUAUUUCAAAUUUUUGGAAACACUGUUCUAUGGACCACAAGAAAGCAAGGAACCAUUGCAUUGUCAUCAACAGAAGCGGAAUAUGUUGCGUUAAGCCAAUCAUCCUGCGAAGCAAUGUGGUUAGAAAAUCUGCUUACCGGAUUUGGCGUGCAUUUGAAUACUCCGUUAAUUAUAUACGAAGACAACCAGUCGUGUAUGUAUAUUGCCGAAGAGCCUCGCGAACAAAAACGGAUGAAACAUUUAGACAUCAGAUACAACUUCAUACGAGAAUGUAUCCAGAACGGAAGAAUCCAACUAAAGUAUAUUCCAAGGGAAAACCAACUUGCGGAUAUGUUUACGAAAGGGCUUUCUUCAGCAGUUUUUACGAAACAUCGAUUUGCGAUAGGUCUAAGAGGGGGUGUUGGAAAAACAAAGUAGACCAUUGCAUAUACGACGGGUAUAAAAGAAGCAGCUUCAGUGAUGUAGUAGUUUAGUAUAAUAAACUGUAGAGACACAUUCUAAACUCUUUAAUAAUAAUUAAAUCAAUACAAUAAUAAAUAAAUAACAUUAGAUUCACCCAAAUGAUUCCCACACUUAGCGUUGCCCGAAACAGACGUGUUUUUUUGUUUGCGGAGCUCGAGUGGCGUAUAUAAAUCGUUCAGAGUUGUAACAGUGUUAGUGUCCGUGCAGAACAAGGCACUACAUUGCCGAGCUUUAAAAAAAAUCGCUCACCCGAUUCAUCGUCAUGGAUUGUGGUAAAAAGCGACGUGGAAGACCACCAAAAGCAUCAACAAUACGUCACAAUAUUGGCAACAACAAUGUGACGGUAGAAACCAGAAAUUCGUUCGAGUUACUAAGUGAUAGCGAAGAUCUUCCUCUCUCCUCGUACAAUGCGAGAGCAAGUGUGCGUAAAACCGAACGUGUACCUCCAAUCGUCGUGACCGGCACAUCUGUAGGCGAUGUCCAUCGUAAAAUAACUGGUGUUGGUGUAGUUAAUUACACAACAAAUACUACCGUGAAAGGUAUCGUAGUGCAUGCUACAAACACGAGUGAUUUUCGUAAAAUAAUAGAGGAAUUCAAAAAAAAACUUCGACGCACUUCUACACGCAUCAGCUUGAUGACGAAAAAACCACAAAAAUUGUCAUCUUUGGCCUCCCAGAUUAUCCUUUGGAAGAAAUCAAAACAGCACUGGAAGAAGUGCAUGUAAAACCAACGGCGAUAAAAAAAUUGCAAAUUCGUAGAAAGAAAUUCAACGAUCAGAUGAUGUAUCUAUUACAUUUUGUGAAGGGUUCAAUAACCCUUAGUGAACUCAAAAAUAUUCGAGCAGUGAACCACCAUCGCGUAUUUUUUGAAUAUUACACAUCUGCAAGCGGGCCAAUGCAGUGUAAAAAUUGGCAGCGUUAUGGUCACGGUAACGCAAACUGCCACCGCCCACCUGUGUGCGUGAAAUGCGCUGGUUCACACGCAUCCAAAUCCUGUCCGCUUAGCUAAACUACUACUAGCCCAGACGGUAAAAUAGCGCCGACAAAGCUGCGCUGCGCUAAUUGCGGUGACCACCACACAUCCAAUUAUUCAGACUGUCCUACACGUGUAAGCGUAACUAAAGCAACUAAAGCGCCACCUAAGGCAGCGCUCUAGCAGCAAUCGAACACGACAUCGAACAUGAAAAUAUAUGGGAUUUGACAUGUUCGAUUUGAUAAACAACAAAUCGAACAUGUCAAAUCCCAUACAUUUUUCAUGUUCGAUGUCUUGUUCGAUUGCUGCUAGAGCGCCGGGUAAGACGAAAGAAUUCAAAUACAACGAAAACAGUUUCCCCUCAAUAGGAAAUCCGCCCAAGCCACGCCAAGUGACGAUUAACUAUUCAAAUGUGUUCAAUUCAAAGAAAAACACUUCUACAGGAGAUUUCGACAUAAAUUUUGAAGAAAUAGGCCAAAUUGUCGGAGACGUAUUUACACAUUUAAGCGAAUGUCGCAACAAAAAAUAUUUAAUUUCCGUAAUAGUACAGAUAACAGCUAAAUAUUGUUCCUCCAAUGGCAAAUAAAAAGGGUUUAAAAAUCAUGUAUUGGAAUGCCAAUGGCAUAGCCAGCAAACAACAUGAAUUUUUCAAUUUCAUGGAUGCAAAUAAGAUACAAAUAGCAGCUCUGAAUGAAACAUUCCUUAAAUCUAAUAUGCGUUUUUCACAUUGCAAUUAUAUUAUACAUAGACUAGAUAGAGAAACUACAACAAAAGGUGGUGUAGCUAUAGUAGUCAGUAAAAAUAUCACCCAUAAAUUACUUCCUUCAUUCAAAUUGAAAUCACUAGAAGCCAUAGGCAUACAGUUACAAACUGAUAGAGGAAAAAUAAGUAUAAUAUCAGUAUAUAAUCCUGGAGCAAACAGAGAUUGUGAGAGUUUUAAAGCAGACGUUAACCUAUUGAGUGCUAUCCCAAACAGUUAUUUCCUUUGUGGCGACUUUAACGCUAGACACAGGCUAUGGAAUUGCCAAAGUGCAAAUCGGAUGGGAAAAACCCUUUUUGAAACUUUACUGUUACGUUCGCAAUUAUUAAAUUCGUAACGGACGUGUCAAAUUGUAAAUUCGCGUGGUGCGAGAUCACCUUAAUCUAGAAACCGGGUACGCUGCGUGUAAAAGCGGAAUAAAUAUGCGACACAUACAUAUACUAACAUGCGGCACUCACGCGUACGUACACUUAUGUGCUAAUUAUCCUCGGAAAGGAUACACUAACACCCUAAAAAUGUAUGGGCUUCCGGGGGUAUAAAAGGGACCGAACUUUUAAUAAACAAACCAUUCGGAUUUUGCAACUCUUAGAAACCUCGUCUUUUUUAAUUUUGCAUAUUCGGAUCAAGAAAGAAAUCUCUCAUCCCUCUUCACCCCCUUCUGCGGCAUAGGCUCCUCAAAUUACUUGAGAGAGCAACUAGCGGGAAGGUUUAUUAUUGGUGUUGAACGGUUGAGAAGAUCGCUGUUACCCGAGCGGGUUUGAUUUACAAGGCCGCAUCCUUCGCGUGGCCCACAGAUCCGUUCGCCGUCGUAACAUUUGGUGGCUCCAGAGAGGAAUCUUCGGCGGCGCUCUAGCAGCAAUCGAACACGACAUAAGACACGAACAAACCCAUAUAAUCAUAUGGAGGUGCACUGUCAGACACAAACAAACAAACAAGACAAACCUCGAGUCGAACAUGUCAGUUGAUUCUGUCUGUGAUGUUCGAUACCCACCUGUGCUGUGAGUACCUUGGCUGUCAAACGCUUCACAGCUACAGUAGAUAGAAUUCAAUGCGGGACAUUUUCAAGUUUUUUUACGUAGUUUGUCUCUUUUUCUUCUUAAAAUUGCGUACAAAAUAUUUAGAAUAGCUAUCAAUAAUAUUUGCAAUGCUUCACAAUCAAUUAUAACAUCAAAUAUACAGGUUUGAAACGUAUAAAACUAUUACGUGUACACAAUGCAUGUAUAAGCACUGUAUGUGUUUUGGCAUGGACGUUUGUUUACAUUUUUCAAUAAUAAAUUUGAAUGAUUUUUAUGUUAUUUUUGAUAUGAAUAACUAGUAUAUUACUUGUUGAAUCUUCCCCCUGCAGAUGGAUGUUCAUUUAAACUAUGAAAAUGCUUCAUUUUCGAGUUGAUAAGAUAGGCGUAUUGCAGUGCAUCAUGACAGGUCUAUAAGACAUCGAACAGCUGACAGAGCACCUAUCGAACAGAGUCGUGUUUGUUUGUCUCGUUCGAUUGGUCCCAGAGCGCCGCCUUCCUCACAUUUGUAUGGUAGAGAGAUUUGCCCGUGGUAUGAAAGCUUCCGCAAAUUCUCUAGCCCUCCACAUUCUCACCGAAGAGAAAUUUCUUCGCUCCUAGACGAACCUAUCCUCGCUCCAGAGGAAGCACUCACACUAGGAGGAAGACAGCAUCGCUUCCGAUAGGAUUGCUUCCGCUCUCCACCUACGCACUCACGCAUACGGCUCCAUUAACACGUGUGCAGCUCCAGCGAGCCGCGUAUGCGAUACGUGAGAGAGCACUACGAGAGAGCUCCAAGGGAGAGCCCUUUGCGCACCGUUGAACCUGUGCGACAUCGCACACCCACACCACUGAUAAAAAUCUGUGCACUAUACACGCACACGAACUCAUCGGCACAUUAGCUACGUCAUGACUACGAAAAGAAACCUUACCCCGUUCUUCGAUAACGACAAUGGUAGCUGCCGCUUAUGCAGCCGGAUUGAUGAUCCCAAUAUGGUCCAAUGCGACGAAUGCGAUCGCUGGUUCCAUAUGGCAUGUGCCAAACUGAACCGGUUGCCUAAAGCAGACGAACCAUUCUUGUGCAUAAAAUGCACAAAAGACUAUGCUAAGAUUAAGGCUCCAGCGUCGACUGGCUCAGACCAAAACACGGCAAUUGCAGCCCUAAUCGAAGCGCUUAAAGGUAGCAGCUUAGAUACAAACACAUAUCUCAAACGCUUGACCUUUGAUCAGCUACCUGAUUUCGAUGGCAAGGCCAAAGAAUGGUUGGAAUUCAAGCGUGCGAAUGAGGAAACGACUAAGCAGGCUAAAUAUACAAAUGUUGAAAACAUGACCCGGCUUCAACACGCCCUUAAGGGAGAGGCGUAUAAAUGCGUGCACCGUCUAUUUCUCGAGCCAGAUAACGUGCCGGAAAUAAUUACGAAGCUCGAAGAGCAAUUCGGCAGAGCAGAACUCGUGUACGACGAGCUGCUUAAAGACGUGCAAAACAUACGUGUUGAAAAUCAGCACAAAAUACCUGAUUUGUCCGACGCGAUUCAGGACAUGAUCACUAACAUAAAGGCAAUAAAUAUGCCUAUGUAUUUACAAGACCAUCGCCUCGUAAAUGAGUUGGCUUGUAAACUGCCUACUGAUAGACAUCUAAAAUGGAUCGAAUAUAAAUCCACCAAUAUCAAACCGGGUGUUCUUCCAUCGCUGGAAGAUUUUGGCAAAUGGUUGCUGCCUCAAGCAAAGGUACUUAAAGAAUUGCCAAAACGGCCAGAAAGGCCAAAACACUCGAUGAACGUUCACCAGUCUUCAGCGCACAACACAAAAAGACCGUUCAAUCACAACCACUUUGGUAACGCACAAAACAAUUCACCGGCCACUAACACAUACGCAAGAAAUGCAAUAGAUUACACCGCACAGAAUUGCACAGCCGCACGAGAACGCGGCCCACAUCCAUGCGAAGAAACGCAUCACCGUUUGCACUUCACAGCCGAUGCGGAGGAGAAUUGUCAUCAAGAACAAAAAAUACUUUACCAAAUUGUUCCGGUCGUGUUACGCAACGAAGAUAAAACGCUGAAAACAUUUGCAUUGUUAGAUUCAGGGUCAUCAUUUACGUUGAUCGAGGAAGAAACAGCUAAUCAGCUUCAGUUAGAAGGGCCGACUGAGCCGAUUACGAUGACGUGGACACAGAAUUUGUCCAUACGAGAGAAAGAAAGUAGGAGAGUAAGUUGCCUAGUGAAAGGAGAGAAGGAGAAAAAAGAACGGGUCUUGGAAAAAAUGAGAACCGUGAAAAAUCUCCAGCUCCCGAGGCAAUCAAUCAAUUGCAACGUUCUCAGAGAGAAAUGUUCUCAUCUGAGAGGAAUUGACAUCAGCGAUUACGAGAGCGCAAGGCCAACUAUAGGGGAAAGCGGGGCAAAAUGGGCAUGUUAAGCAGUUUACUGAAUAUUCCAUUGAAUAUGCCACAAAACACAAUUAUUCAUGCAUUAUUGUAUGCCUCCACUAUUUAUCUAUGGAUUAAAAUUGCCACAUAGAAUGAAAACAACUUAAAAUCAUGAAAACAGUGUAAAAUAAAAGUUGAUGUUUUACGAGAA